AGCUGCUAAAUUGAGAGAGCGAAUCUAUGAGUCUUCAAGUCGAAAUCAGCCUCCAAAAGUCUAUGGCUAGCGGUAGUUAAUUCAGUUCACAUUCCGUCGAGCUCAGAGAAGGCAAUAAAAAAGAUUCAGGCUACGCCUAUCUGCGAGACAAACAUCAUCAAAACUAAACACAGAAAUAUAAGUAAACAUACAUAUAUAUAUAGAGAAUUUAAAGUGAUCAUGGCUGCCAUCAUCAGUGGCCUGCAUUGCCUAUUACUAUUCUUGGCUUUAACAUCGGCCAAAACCGCAUCCGGAGCUGUAGAUGGUUCAGUGGAACGUAAUUUACUAGCUGCCGAUCUCUACAAUGCUGUGGGAGCCGAACAUCUCAAUGAGAAUGUAGUGAUUGCUUCAGCCGCCAUCCAAAGCUCCAUGGCCUUGGCUUUCUAUGGGGCUAAAGGUCAGACUGCCAGCGAAUUGCAGCAGGGUUUACAUUUGGGGGCCGGUAAUGCGGAGCAGGUGGCCCAACGUUUUGGCAGCUUCCAGCAAUCACUGACACGUGACAACAAUCUACGUCUGGCCAACAAUAUCUACAUAAACGAGAAUCUCGAAUACAAGGGCGCCUUCCGCGAUGUGGCGCAACGUCAAUUCGAUUCGAAUAUUGAUAAAUUGGACUUCCAUCCACCGUACAAUAAGCGCACAGCCGAUGGCAUCAAUAGGGCCAUAGCAACCAAGACAAAUGAAAAGAUCAAAGACAUAUUGAAUGCUGAUUUGCUCAAUGAUCGCACCGAGGGGGUCAUUGUGAAUGGUGUAUCGUAUGCGGGUGUCUGGCAAAAAUCAUUCAAAUUGGACAAGACCAAGAAGCGUUCCUUCACCACCGGCAAUGGUCAGUCGGUGCAAGUGGACACCAUGUGGACAUUGAAUAACUUUAACUAUGCCGAAGUCCGUAGCCUGGAUGCCAAGGUUUUGGAGUUGCCCUAUCAGAAUGCUGAAUUCUCAAUGCUCUUGCUGCUGCCCAAUCGCAAGGAUGGUCUCAGGGCCUUACAACAGAAUCUUGUGGGUAAAAAUUUAAUAGCCGAAAUAGGUGAGAUGACCCAGCAAAAGGUUGAGGUCGAAUUGCCCAAAUUUAGUGUGACCUUUGGUGUCAGUCUUGAGCAACCUUUUAAGAAGUUGGGUGUGACCACAAUGUUCUCCAGAAAUGGUGACUUUGGCAACAUGUACCGCAUGUUUGUCAGUCAUUUCAUCAAUGCAUUCGAGCACAAGGCCCAUGUGGAGGUCUCUGAGGCUGGUGUGGAGCCGUCUCUUGAACAGGGCGUUCUCAAGGGUCUCUUCUCACGUUCGAAGAAAUUCGAGGCUGACCAUCCAUUUGCAUUCGCUGUCAAAUUUCGAGAUUCGAUUGUUUUUGUGGGUCAUGUUGCCAACUAUGCCUAUGUCUAGAGCACUCGACAAUCAGGUUUAAAAUAAUUUGUGAGGUGCAAAUUAAAUAAAUAUUUCGUGUAUGCCAUUAAUGAAUGCAAAAUGAAUACAAUAUUAAUGUUAAUUUAUUGCUUCAGCCAAAUGAUAAAUAAAUUUAUGAAUGGUUAAACUGA